AUGUCGAGUAUCAAUUCACCUGCCAAUAACCCUUCGGAUUCUGACCAGGUGUAUGACCUUGUUGUGGUUGGCUCUGGUUUUGCCGGGUGUAUGACCGCUCUAAACUUCCUUGAAGAUACUAAGAUCAAGGGAAAGGCCACCAAAGUUGCUCUGAUUGAGGCCGAUAACAAGUUUGAUAGCGACUUCAAGAAUGAGAUGAAGCUUGUCAGUAAUGGGCUUGCUGAUCAGGCAUACUGCGAGAAACUGGAAUCCGAAGUUCCCAACACAGUGAAGUUUCUUUUGGACCACGGAAUCAUAAUUCAACACCAAGAUGAGAAAAAUGUCUACCUCGGAUUCAACACAGGCCAGAAUUUCGCCAAAGGAGAAGGUGGUGGGUAUGCCAUAAUCCUGAAGCUGUUCGAGCACUUACUUUCCCACCCGAACGUGGGCAUUAUGUGGGAGACAAAUGCGGAGGAACUCCUGACCCAUGACGAUGGUACCAUUCGUGGUGUCAAGGUUCGAAAGAACGACGGCCGCUUCGCCAAAGUGCUUGGUAAGCAAGUCAUGCUAUCAUGCGGUGGCUUUGAGGGUAACCGCGAAAUGUUGGGCCGAUACGUUGGACCUAGAGCCGAGCAGCUUGGGUUGGUAGCCCCUGGUCUCAAGUAUAACACAGGUUUCGGCCUCAAGAUGGGCUUGCAAGUUGGUGCCGCAACAGCGGGCUCCUUCCAUGGCCUGCACUGUGAGCUCGUUGAUACUCGCUCUUCAAAGCCAGAGGCAACUGUCUGGGGCCACAGCUUCGGUAUUGUUGUCAACGAACACUCAAAGCGGUUCUAUGAUGAAGGGAAUCGAUCUCUGUUCGCUACUUGCGAAGUCAUUGCUUAUGAGACAUGGCGCGACCAAAAUCAAAAAGCAUAUUUUAUUACCGACGCUCCAAUUAUGGACCGAUUCCGACCAGGUUGGGUGUAUGAUACUACUGACCUUGACCCAGAGAAGGGCGAAACGAUUGAAGAUCUUGCCGUUAAACUCGGCCUCGUUCCUCAAGAAUUGAAGAAGACAGUGGAUGAAUACAAUGCUUCGAUCAACGGCAAAGAAUUUGACCCUACGACUCUUGAUGGCAAGAGCACCUCCGGCCUAACUCCUAACAAGACCAACUGGGCCGCUCCGAUUAAAGUGGCUCCUUUCUAUGGUUAUCCUCUGACGGCAAAGAUUGUGUUCACUUUUGGAGGACUGAAGGUCGAUCUUGAUUCCCGGGUGCUCUCCACGACAGGACUUUACUGCACCGGUGAACUCAGCGGGUUUUAUUACAAUGAGAGUAAGGUUGCCUCCGAAUUUGACACCCUGGUGCUCUCAGAUGUCUUACAUUCGGUCGACUUGCCGGAAAAUUUGCUGCACGAGAUCUGUAAGAUCGGGAAACUCUACACCCUAAUAGCGGAUGGUCUCGGACCCCCAAUAUCGAUCUCCGCUAUGCUGAUUGGUCUACCAGCCACUCAUGGGUCGUAUGAUAUUGACCUCAAUUAG